GUCAUUAGUGGUCUGGGCAGCAGCUGGCUCGCUCCAUACAAAAUACUUGUAAUUUAGGAUGUGGCACAAUUAGUUGUAAAUUGUCCGUACUGAACGUGAAGACAAUACUGUAUCAGCUUGCUAUAUGAUUAUAAUAGGCAGAGCAUAACAUUCCUGAGACCUGACAUUUCAUAUUGUAGGGAAAAAACAUGGACAGUCAAGUUGUAAGAAGACCGGUUGAGUUUCAUGCCAUGGAGUUUGUUGAGUAUAUCAAGACUCCCAAGGUGGAUAGCGUUACCCUGCAUCGGCCCUUCUACGCCCGCGUCGAAGGCACGCUGUGCCUGACUGGACACCACUUGAUCCUGUCGUCAAGGAAGACUAACACAGAGGAAUUAUGGCUUCUCCACAGCAACAUUGAUGCCAUUGAGAAGAAGUUUGUAGGCUCCGUGGGCCAUCUGACUAUCAAAUGCAAGAACUUCAUGAUCAUCCAGCUGGAUAUACACGGCAUGGAGGAAUGCCUCAACAUUGCCAGCUCCAUAGAGAUGCUGUCCAACUUAUCGAAGGUGACUCUGACCUACCCGUUUUUCUACCGUCCCAUGUCUGAUGCCCUGGAGGAUGGCUGGCAGGCAUUCCUACCAGAGAGUGAGUUUGCAAGAGUGACCGGCGACGAAUGGCGCUUGUCUCAUGUCAACAAAAACUUCCAGGUGUGCCCAACCUACCCACAAACAGUGGUUGUACCCAAAGCUGUGGAUGAUGACUGCAUCAUGCAGGCUGCUGCAUUCAGGCAAGGAGGGAGGUUCCCAGUUCUAAGCUACCUUCACUCUCCAAAUGGGACGGUAAUCCUAAGGAGUGGUCAGCCCCUCCCAGGCCCCAACGGCAAGCGGUGUAAAGAAGAUGAGAAGCUGGUCAACUCAGCGCUAGGUGUCGGCAAAAGAGGGUACAUCAUUGACACCAGGUCCUACAACUCAGCCGUCAACUCGCGAUCCAAAGAUUUUUAUUUGAUUCUUUUCCCUCCAGGCGGGGGCUUUGAGACUGAGGCUCACUACCCUCAGUGGAGGCGGGUUCACAAACCGCUGGAUCGGUUCAGCAACCUCCAAGAAAGCCUGACUAAAUUGAUGGAGGCAUGUAACAAGAACACCAACUCCAUGGACAAGUGGCUAGGUCAUCUAGGUGCUUCCAGUUGGUUGAGUAAUGUCAAAGAAGUCUUGACUACUGCGUGCCUGGUGGCACAGUGCGUGGAUAGAGAAAGUUCAUCUGUUCUGGUGCAUGGAUCGGAGGGUCUAGACGCCACACUACAGAUUACAUCCCUAGCUCAGAUCAUACUCAAUCCAGACUGUAGAACACUCAGAGGGUUUGAAGCUCUGAUAGAGCGUGAGUGGGUUCAAUCAGGUCACCCUUUUGCCAGUCGAUGUGCCAAGUCAUGCUACGCCGGUAGCAAACUCAAAUGCACCGGUCCGGUCUUCCUACUGUUCCUGGACUGCGUGUGGCAGGUCAUUCAGCAGUUCCAAUGUUCCUUUGAGUUCAAUGAGCAGUUUCUUAUCCUCCUGUUUGAGAACGCCUACGCCUCACAGUUUGGCACCUUCCUGUGCAAUAAUGAGCACGAGAGACAGAUGCUGAAACUGUCUGAAAAGACACAAUCACUAUGGACAUACGUUAACAGGCCUCAGAUACUAGAGGUAUACAUCAACCCACUGUAUCAACCCAACUCCUCUGUCAUAUGGCCUUCGGUAGCACCACAGAGCUUGAUGUUAUGGUCAACCUUGUUCUUACGCUGGGACAUGGACAACACUAGCAAUGACUCAACCGACAAAGAAAUCCGCAAAAUCCAACAGAACGACAAGCAGCUCAAGAUAAGGGCCAUUCAGCUCAGAAAACAACUUUCCGAGUUGCAGAGAGAAGCCCUGGAAAAAGGACUGAUCAGCGAAUAGCAGCAGGGCUGCAUCUUAACAAGACGCUCAACCUGAUCAGGAAACAGCAGUAGGUUAACUUCUAUCUGCCAGGUCCUGUGCAUUGUUCAGCUUCAGCACCAAAUUUACAGAAUCAAUGACUGGCGAAAAAAAAGCUGGAUCGCAUAAACAUUGAUCAGGAAACAGCCACCUGAUACCUAUUGGAAUCCAGCUUGAGCAGCAAACGGCAGUUGGGAAACAUUU